AUGGCCACCCUUGUUGCAGCCAUCCGGGUGACCUGCACAGGGUCCUGCGGGGUCUCCAACAAGGUCAACGACGCCUCCUGGGUGGUGGAGGAGGGCUACUUCAACAGCUCCCUGUCACUGGCAGACAAGGGGAGCCUACCGGCCGGUGAGCACACCCUCCCCUUCCAGUUCCUACUCCCUGCCACAGCACCCACGUCCUUUGAGGGGCCCUUUGGCAAGAUCAUUCACCAGCUGCGGGCCUCCAUUGACACGCCGCGCUUCUCCAAGGACCACAGAUGCAGCCUGGUGUUCUACAUCUUGAGCCCGCUGAACCUGAACAGCAUCCCCGACAUUGAGCACCCCAACGUGGCCACGGCCACCAAGAAGUUCUCCUACAAGCUGGUGAAGACGGGGAGCGUGGUCCUCACGGCCAGCACCGACCUGCGUGGCUACGUGGUGGGCCAGGUGCUGAGGCUUCAGGCGGACAUCGACAACCAGUCGGGCAAGGACACUGGCCCUGUGGUGGCCAGUCUGCUGCAGAAAGUGUCCUACAAAGCCAAGCGCUGGAUAUAUGAUGUGCGGACUGUCGCUGAGGUGGAGGGCGCAGGCGCCAAGGCCUGGCGGCGCUCGGAGUGGCAGGAGCAGAUCUUGGUUCCCGCGCUACCUCAGUCAGCUCUGCCAGGCUGUAGCCUCAUCCACGUGGACUACUACCUGCAGGUGUCCCUGAAGGCCCCGGAGGCAACAGUGACCCUCCCUGUCUUCAUCGGAAACAUUGCUGUGAACCACAUCCCGCCCAGCCCCCUGCGUGCCCAGGUGGUGCCCUCAGCCCCGCCCCAAGAGGACAUGGAGGGGGUCGGCGCCGCCAGUGACAUGGACCCUGUGGCCCCUCCGGGUAUGGAGGUCCACUCCCCUGCCCCCUUCAGUUGCUCGCCAGGCGCCCCAGCACCCUGUGCUCAGGACCGCAGCCCUGUGCCCCAGCCAGCGACUGCUCCCUUGUGUAUUUCCACGGGCGCCACUGUCCCUUACUUCAUGGAUGGCCCUGGAGGGCCGGUGUCUGCUGCCAGCCCUCCGGUUCUCCCUCCAGAGUACAGCACGUGGGGCUAUCCCCGUGAGGCCCCUCCAUCCUACGAGCAGAGUUGCGGCUGUGUGGAGCCUGGCCCGAGCCUCCGGAGCUGACGGCCCUCGGGGUGCCUUCCUGGGCCGCAGGCAGGCCCAAGACCUCGUGCCUUUUCCCAGGCGUGGCUGGACUACUCAGGACCCUUGGUUACCGACCUCUGCCCCACUGGGUCCUCCGCACUGUGCAUGCACACCCCCCACACCCCACAAGGCUCCUCUGCCCAGCGCUGGAGUACAAGGAACAGGAGCCUCGGUGUAAAUAAAGCGCUUUAUUUGUAAAGCUA